AUGAGGAAAAUAAGACACAGAGAAGUCAAGGGGUUUUAUUCAAGGUCACGCAAGAGGAAACCUUUUGACAAGAUGUCAGGAUCAGGACUAUAUAAAGUAGAUGAUGGAUGUCAUUGUCUCAACAACUGCUUUCCAGCUAGAAGCAUAUUCAGGGCAAGAAAUGAAGGUAAAAGCCACUGGCUGGUGGCCCAAAAAGCUUCCUUAAGGAAGAAGUUCAAGCAAGUAGUGGGCUCACACACAGAGGUUCAGGAAGAGCACAAAAAACCUUCCCCAGCACAGAUUCGAAGGAAGAGAUGGACCUCAAUUGAAAGCCUGUUCCAUGUUCCUGAGAAGCACAUCUUAGAUCGGCCAUUUUUGCUGAAGCACCACAGUGUAAAGAGACCUACAGAUUUGUGUACUGUGAAUAUCAGCGGCCAGAAGAUUGCAAAAGCUAAGGAAAAGGACUUCAGGCACUUUGACUCUGUUGUUUAUAUCAAUGCUUCGGAAAACUUGUUACCUCUAGAGGUAUUCCACACAUUUCCUGUUUUAAAGGAACUGGAACUUUGUUUCAAUGGAAUUAAAAAUGUCAGCAUCAAGACGGGAGAAUUUCGACUCUUGGAACACCUGGAUCUUUCGUUUAAUAACUUGUCUCCAGAGGCCAUCCGUGAGCUGGGAAUUCUGCCUCGCCUUAAGGUAUUGCUUCUAACAGGCAAUGGGCUUACUUCACUUCCUCCCAACAUGGCUGUUACAGAGCCGAACCUUUCUGUCAUUCGCCUGACUAACAAGCGCUAUGUGCUAAGGUUCCAAGCUUUAGAGACACUAAUCUUAGAUGACAACAAACUCUCUCACCCUAGCUGUUUUGCCAGCCUGGCCGGACUCAGAAGACUGAAGAAAUUAAGCAUGGAACAAAACAAGAUUUUCCGGAUCCCAUACCUGCAGCAAGUUCAGUUACCCAAAUUCUGUGAUGAAUCAACCAAGGGAAAGAAUGGUUCCCAGAAAGAAUCUAGCCCCAAACAGAAGCUAGCACAAGGUAUGAAUGGGGCCUUCCUGGAAAGCAAGUCAGGAAAAGGACAACCAGAUUAUGCCAUAUUAUCGAUGAAAAGGGAUGUGGACCGGACAGAGGUUAUAUUCCCAUCUUUCCCUGGAUAUUCAUCCAACCAGGCAAACAAAGUCUAUCCACUUCCUCCCAUAUUUGAAAUUCUUCCUGUGAAGUCACUGAAGGCCCUGAACCAGACAUGGGCUCCACCUUUCCCAGAGCUGAGAUAUCUUAGCCUGGCCCAUAACAAGAUCUCAAAUGAGGAUGCCCUCCUCCCUGUGGCUCUUUUCCCCUCUCUAAAUGAGCUCAUCUUCCACAACAAUCCACUGGUGAUCCAUACAAAGGGCGAUCCACCUUUGCUGUACAGCUUCCUCCAGAAAAGACUGGGGAUCUGCUUAAUUCGAAAGCCUAAUGAGAAGCUCAAGCGUCCACACAUUUUAAUUCCUCAGAAGUCCAACCGGAAGGUGAGAACCCAAAUUCCGAAGGUCCCAAAGUCCCCCAUCAUCCUAGAGCUACCAACUCAGGAAGUGCCGGAUACAUCAGCCCCGCCCAUGUCUAGACGGACCUUCACACCUCUUCCACCCAUCCAUUCCUCUACAUCCACCGUUUUCACCAAGGAGGGCUCUCUGAAGACAGACUCAUCCAACGAGAUGACAGGUUCUGAGAUGGGGUCAGAUGAUGAUGUGAAGAGCAUAGAGUCCUUCUUCAUGACUCAGGUGACCAACGUGCAGAGAACUCCCAGGAGCCACAAGGGAGGCAAAUCAUUGGAGGAGGAUAAGAAAGUGAGGGACAAGGACAGAGAAGCAAAGAAGCCAAGGAAACCAAGUACCCCCAUCCCAGAGAAGUACAAAGGUUAUGAGGAACUGCUCCAGACAAAGCCUGACCCCAGCUUCGUGGAACCCGUGGGAAUCCAGCAGAAUGUCAAGGCCCUGUAUAAUCUGCUUAAGCAUCCACUGGUCUAUCGUUCCUCCAAGGCCAAGCUUGACGCUUUCCAGAAUCCCUACUGCCCCAAGGAAAAGCAGGUCCCUCGGAGUAGAGUUCCUACCCCUCGGAAGACUCGAGCACAGUUAUUGGAGGAAAUCCUGUAUCAGAUGAGGAACCCCCAGCAAAUAGUGGACAGUCCACUAAGCUCUGUUCUACGGAAACGUGCCGAACGCAGGCUGGAGGAUCAGAAGCAGUAUCGGGAGGCCCAGCGCCUCCUGAAGGAGUUCAAGGCCAGGUACAAGAGAGUGGUGAGGAGCUCCCUGAAGGAGGUCUUUGAUAGAGAACCUAACUAUGAUGAGAUGGAAAGGAUGGACAGCCGGCAGAGACUGUUGGAAAUCCAAGGUUUUCUGCAAGAGUGUGAGGAUGAAGAGGAGCAGGAGGAGGCAGAGAACAAAGACUAUGUUUAG